ACUGAGCGAUCCCACACAGUGACAGAUCCGACACAACACACCACCACCAGGGGCGGGCUGACCAUUUGGAAAUUCGAGGGCCCGGGGUCAAUAGGGGGCCCCAUGAGAUGCCCCUGGUACCUUUUUCAUAGGCUUUUUUGAGUUUGGGCAAGGACACAGGGGCCCCAUGAUCCGCUAUUGCCCGGGGGCCCCAUGAGCUGGCCCGGGGUCAGUUUGAGAUGAACCUUUUUCAUCGGGGCAAGGACACAGGGGCCCCAU